CCACAGAACGGAUAGUUCCCGCCGCGGGGUAGGCUUUUACAAAAAGAUUCAAAACCCUUCCUGCUGCAAACUUUGACCCGACUUUGAAAAGCCCAUAAUGUCCUAAAAGUCAACCUCUUUGACUUUUCCAUGCAAGUAUGUAACUUCUUUUUUUGAGAAAGGAAUUAUCUUCCAUGUAACUUCUCGACGUCAAAGAGAUGAUAAUAACUACAACCAAAAAGUCUUGCACACAAACAAAGAAAACUACAACCAAGAAAUGUCUCGUGAACUUACUCUCUUUGAAGCCGUUCUUGUUCUGUUCCUAACUCUGUUUAACAACUCCCAUGGCUACUUCCUCCCAGCAGGAUCCGUAGGAAUCGGCUUUAACGGUUACUUCACGUUGACAAACACGACAAAACACACACACGGUCAAGCUUUCGACAGCGAACCACUUUCAUUCACAAACCCAUCAACAAACCUCACAACAUCUUUCUCCAUCAACUUCUUCUUCGCUAUCGUCCCUGAGCAUAACAACCAAGGCUCACACGGUAUGGCUUUCGUUAUCUCUCCCACAAGAGGCCUCCCCGGAGCUUCCUCUGAUCAAUACUUAGGUAUAUUCAACGAAACAACCAACGGUAAAAGCUCUAACAACGUGAUAGCUAUCGAGUUAGAUAUACAUAAAGACCAAGAGUUUGGUGAUAUUGAUGAUAAUCAUGUUGGGAUUAACAUCAAUGAUAUGAGAUCUGUUGUCUCUGCUUCUGCUGGUUACUAUGAUGAUGAAGAUGGACAGUUUAAGAAUCUUUCUUUGAUUAGUAGAAAUGUAAUGAGGCUUUCUAUAGUUUAUAGUCAGCCUGAUCAACAGCUUAAUGUUACUCUCUUCCCUGCCGAGAUCUCUGUUCCUCCUCGAAAACCGCUUUUGUCGUUAAACCAAGAUCUUUCUCCAUAUUUGCUUGAGGAAAUGUAUCUUGGAUUCACUGCUUCAACUGGUUCAGUUGGUGCAGUUCAUUACAUGAUGGGUUGGUUUAUUGUUGGAGAGAUCAGUUAUCCGAGUUUGGAGUUUGGUAGGCAACCAAACCUUCCUCCAUAUCCAAAGAAAGCAUCUCACAGAACAAGAACCGUUUUAGCGGUCUGCUUAACUGUAUCCGUAAUCGCUGCAUUUAUCGCCUUGUGGUUUGGUUUAGUCUUUUACUUGAGACACAAGAAAGUUAAAGAAGUUCUUGAGGAAUGGGAGAUACAAUAUGGACCUCAUAGGUUUGCUUACAAGGAGCUUUCCAAUGCCACAAAGGGUUUCAAGGAGAAACAACUUCUUGGAAGAGGAGGUUUUGGUCAAGUCUAUAGAGGCACACUUCCUGGUUCUGAUGCAGAGAUUGCUGUGAAACGGACUUCUCAUGAUUCAAGGCAAGGGAUGAGAGAGUUUCUAGCCGAGAUAUCGACAAUUGGUCGGCUCAGACAUCCAAAUCUAGUCAGGCUUUUGGGGUAUUGUAGGCAUAAAGAACAUCUCUACUUGGUUUAUGACUUCAUGCCUAAUGGAAGUCUUGACAAGUAUCUAUACCGUAACGGUGAGAAUCAAGAACGGCUUACUUGGGAGACACGUUUCAAGAUUAUAAAAGAUGUUGCAUCUGCUUUACUAUAUCUGCAUCAAGAAUGGGUACAGGUCAUUAUACAUAGAGAUAUUAAACCGGCUAAUGUAUUAAUCGACCAUGAGAUGAAUGCACGGCUAGGAGAUUUUGGAUUGGCUAAGCUGUAUGAUCAGGGAUUUGAUCCGCAAACAUCUAAAGUAGCUGGAACGUUCGGGUAUAUUGCACCUGAGCUGCUAAGAACAGGGAGAGCAACUACAAGCACCGAUGUUUACGCGUUUGGGUUGGUUAUGCUUGAAGUAGUGUGCGGUAGACGGUUGAUAGAGAGACGUGCAGUGGAGAAUGAAGAAGUUCUUGUGGAUUGGAUAGUGGAGCUUUGGGAGAAAGGAGAAGAUAUUCUUGAUGCCGCUGAAGAAAACAUACGUCAGGAACAGAACAGGGGACAGGUUGAGCUUGUUUUGAAGCUUGGUGUGUUGUGCUCGCAUCAAGGUGUAUCGAUUAGACCAGCGAUGAGUACUGUUAUGCAGUUCUUGAAUGGAGUUUCACAGCUUCCGGAUAAUCUUCUUGAUGUCAUGAGGGAUGAGAAGUUGAGAGGAUUGCCUGAGACUUCGAUGGAAAUGCUACUUGGUUUGAAUUCAUCCACGUUUACACACUCUUAGUCUCACAUGGACGCUGAUUAUUGAAAUUUGCCAAAUAAAGUUGAUUCUUUGAAUACUAAAAAGAUGAGAUUUAUGCACAAUUACAUUGGUAGAGAUUGCUUUGGUGCAGCAACAGAGAGCCCAUUGUAUUAUGUUUCUGGAGGUAUGCGCACAUUACAUAGGCCACACAGUCUCCUCUUCUAAACUUGUGAUGUUUCUGUUUAUCUAAUUUCAUAUGUAAACAAUUUGAUCUCGAUGCGUUAUGCAUUAAAUAUUUAGCUUUAUUCUUUCUUUUUUUUAUAUCUUUUUUUAUAUAAAAAGUUAAAAACUAUUUAGCUUUAAUUCACCAAGAAUCAAAAUAUUUGAUGAGCUCAAGCAUGAUUUAGGAAGAAGAACUAAGAUUCGUUUUAGUUGGAUCCAUAACAAACAAGUGUGGUUCUAAAGAUUAGAUAAGACAAAACAGCUAUUUGUAUUUGAUUUUCUGAAUAUUAUGUGGGCCAUGUGGCUCAAUCUUUGAAUGUGUCCUAUUUAAGAAGCCGUUAUUGUCCCAGAUAUAGAGGUAGUUCUAGAGGUAGUUCUAUAUAUCCAUAGUCGAUAACAUAUUAAAGAAUUGAUUGGGUCGGUAAUAAUGAUAUAGAUUUUGUUAGGGAAGUCUGGUUCUAAAGAUGACGAUACAACAUAACAGCUUUUCGGAUUUUUAGUCUAAACAGGACUAGCCUCAAUCAUUGAACGUCCGACACAUAGCUGGUCUUGUCUGUAAGAAGCUGUUAUAGUCCCAGAUAACGUUCCAUGAAAAUGUACAUACAAUACACGGUCAAAUCUAAAGGUCGUUCUUCUAUAGAUCCCAGGUGAAUAACUGGAUCCAGUGGGAAAAACAUAUUAUAAAGAAGUUGAUAAAGAUUAAAACCUAUAGAAAAAAAUGAGUUUGGAGUUGAUAAGGCUAAUGAAUGUAGCGACUUGUUCGAGGCCACAAUCAGUAUAAAGAAAACUUGAUAGGCACGGAGAAUCGCUUAUUGUUAUUGCCAACCUUCAAGGCAACUCACGCCAUUUUUUAUAUUUUGACGUCAUUGCUCUGCAAAUUGGCUUUCUUUCUUGAAAAAAAGCUUUAAC